CAGGAAGUGAAGGAAGCGUCCUUGGAGAUGUUGUUAGGAGUGUUAAUUUCACAUCUUUCCCCUGUCUCUGUGCACAGUGCCUCUGUUAAAGAACUGACAGCGAACCGUUUCUUACACAGAGGUUAAUGAGAGCAAUAUUUAAAGUUCGGAAGCAACCAUGACUGCAGCUGCUCUCGUAGGAGACCAGCUGAUCCUCGAAGAGGAAUACGAUGAGAACUACUUACCAUCUGAACAAGAAAUCCAGGAGUACGCAAGAGAGAUUGGCAUUGACCCCAACAACGAGCCCGAGCUCCUGUGGCUGGCCAGGGAGGGCAUCACUGCCCCUUUGCCUCCUGAAUGGAAGCCUUGCCAGGAUGUGACAGGGGACAUCUACUACUUCAACUUCUCCACGGGUCAGUCCACCUGGGAUCACCCCUGUGACGAGCACUACCGACAGCAGGUGGCCCAGGAGCGUGAGCGAGCUCAGAUGACAGCCACAGCUGGGGGCGCAGGAGUGAAGAAAGACAAGAAAAAGAAGAAAGAAAAGAAGGAGAAGAAAGAGAAGAAAAAGAAGGAGCUACUCAAAACUCCAGGGGCCCUCAGUUCAUCUCUGGGACCUCUACAGUCUUCGCUUACCGCCUUGGCUCCUCUGCGAGGUCUGGACGCCCCUGGCCAAAGCACUUUCUCUGGAUCUGCACCUGCUCUGCGGGGGUCUCUCGGUAGCUCCGGUGGGCUGGAACCCCUCAAGACAACCCUACAGACUCCUCGAAGCAGUGGGGCAACCAGGAUUUUUGGCAGUCAGCAGGAAGAGAGAGUAUCACUUACUUUGCCCAGUUUUGAUAGCGAUGAUGACAAAAUCUCAGAAAACGAGCCAAGUCCUCGUGGUUCAGACAGACUAUUGAAGAACCUCCACCUAGAUUUGGAUGCCCUCGGAGGAGGCCUAAAGUAUGAGGACAGUGAAGCCAGUGGUGCAGCACCAGCCGAGGAGAGGACGGAGCCAGAGUUGCAGGAUUUGGCCCCGUCUGGAGACCACAGCCCUGAACCGCCAUCACAGCAAGACUCUCUGAAGGGCCGCCACAUCCACCUUUCUCCCCAGACAGGCAGUGGAAAUCAUGUCAGUGAGGAGGGGCCUGGUGCCGGUACCCCUGAACUUGAACACUCUGCUGAACAUUCAGAAGAGGAGGUAGCAGAGGAGUUACGUGAGGAAGAGGAGGAAGAGCAGCAGGAUAGACAGUUAGACAAGAAUGAAAAAGGAGCAAAAGAGACAAAAGGAGAUGUAGAAGAUGAGCUGGUAGGUGGGGAGGAAGAUAGAAAAAGCCAAGAGGAUGUGAAAGAGGUGGAGGAUGUUCAAAAAGGAAGUAAUGCCGCUGUAGAGAAUGAGACAGGGGAAGGGGAAGAUGAGAGUGAUGGGAUAAAGGAGGAGUGCUGUGAAGAUGAGAAUGAAAAUGAAGAUGAAGACAGAGAGGGAAACGAAGCGGUGCAAAAAGUAGAAGAGGAAUGUGAGGAAAGUAGCAAUGAAGUCGUGAAGAAAUGCUCUAACAGUGAACAAGAUAGAGAGAAUGAGGAGGAGGAGGAGGAGGAGGAGGAGGACAAAACCAACAAAGAGAGAGAUAAGCUUGAGAAAACCAUAAGUGAUGGAGAGCAGAAUGAGAGAAAGAAAGAGGAGAUCGAGAUUAAUAGCAAAGGACGGCAGGAGGAGGAGAGCGAUGGGGUUCUGGAGAGGUGCUCUCUAAGCCAGAGGAAACUGACAGAGAGUGAUGAGGUGUUGGAAAGAUGUGUGCAGAGCGAAGGAGAAGAUACAGAGAGGGAGGGAGUGGAGAUAGAGGAUGACUCAGAUGGCCAAAAAGCAUCAGACAGCGAGGAGGAGGAGCAGGAGGAGGAGGAGGAGGAGGUCAUUGAGGUGUUUAAAGAGGAAGCAGCUCAUGUCCAACCAGCCAGUAAUGCUUUCAAGAUGAAAAAUGUGACAAAAGAUUCCUCCCUUGCUGCAGAGGAGUCUGAAGCCAGUAAGCACAUUGAGGGGGCUUCAUCUUCCAUAGAUGACAAGCAGUUGCAGAAGGUUCUAGACAUCGACUCUCUGUCUAAUGCAGUCAGUCCAGUGGAAAAAGCUGACAGAGAAGAGGAAGAAGAGGAGAAAGGAGGAAAGGGGGAAAGGAAAGGAGGAGACGACAAUGAUAGGCAGAUUCUGGCCAAAGACAAAGACCUUUCUCCAGCCCAUAAAGUUGACCGGUUCGUCCUUCACCAGUCCAGCCCUUCACCAUCACCCUCCAGCUCCUCACAUUCAGAGGAAGGAGUCAGCCAUCAGCAAAUGGCCCAGGGCCUCGGCAUAUCUCUGGGGCUAAAGAGGCCUGAAACUUCCAGGGGUCGACAGACACGGUUUUCGAACAUCCAGCCUGAUUUUGUUGAGCGCUCCUUAAAAAAACAAGAGAGCGCUUUGGAAGAAGAGCCAAGUGGGAAAGACGAGGAGAAGAAAAGGAGAGAAAAAGAAGAGGAGGAAGAGGAGGAGGAGAGGAAGAGGGUAGAGAGACAGGAGAAGAGACUGAAAGAAAGAGAGGAGAUGGAGAGGGAAAGGAGCAAGGCUGACCAAGAAAUGGAGGAGGAGAGGGAGCGCAUAGUUAUGGAAAAGGAGAAGAGGAUCCGUCUCCUCCAGGAAGAGGUGAAAAGAGAAGAGGAGGAGGAGGAGAUGAAACUGAAGGAGGCGACUGAGGAAAGACUGAGGGCUCUGCGGGACAAUCUCCUGUCUAAAAGGAAAGAGGAGGAGGCCACGCUGAACGAGGAGUCUGACAGAAUGAUGGCGGAGCUCGGAGAGUCUGUGAAGAGGGAGAGGGAGCAGCAGCAACACAAACUCAGGGAAGAGAGUGAAGUCCUGUUAAAGGAGUUACAUGUUGCCCUAGAGGAAGAACAAACCGCAGUACGGGAAAGACUGGAGGCCCAGAAGAGGCAGGACAUCGAGCAUCUGAAGGCGGAGAUAGAAGAGGAGCUGGAGACUGAGAGGAAGAAGCUCCAGAGAGAGAGGGAGGAGAAACUGGACUCUCUGAAACAGGAGGUCAAAAGCACAGAGAGGAGGAGGGAGCUGAUGAUGAGCCCACGGCCUGAGCUGCAACUGGCUGAGUACCACCGAGAGUUGACCGAUGUGCUCCAGGAAGUCCGAGAGGAAGUGCAGCGGGAUCACGAGAGGAAGCUGGAGCAGUUGAGGGAUGACCACAGGAGAGAGAUUAACAGCAUAAGAGAGAAAUACCUGGAUGAGGAGACUGCUCAGAGGGAGCGCUUGCUGUCCACUCUGCAGGAGGACAGAGAGCAUCUCCAAGCCUCACAUGCCGUCCAACUGGAGAAACUCCGCUUACAGCUGGAUGCACAGAUACAAAAGACUGAGCUGGCACACUCACGCAAGGAGUCAGAGCUGCAGGAUUUGGCGGAUCAAUUGGAGCUGAGAGCCAAAGAGCUUAAGAGCCAGGAGGCCAUGCUGCAGACCAAGGCGUCAGAUCUGAAGAGGAGGAGGAAGUUGCUUGGAGAAGAGGAGCAGGAAGUGGACAGACAGCUAGAGGCCUUACCUCGGCUGAUCCAGGAAAGAGACCGGCUGAGGGAACAGCUGGAGAGGAUGAGAGAGGAGAAAGCUCAAGCCCGAGAACUCAUCCACAGAGCCAGGGAGGAGAGGAGUGAAGCCAAAGAGGAGGAGGAGAGGCUGAGGGAGGAGUUAGACAGAGCCAGGGAAGAGAGCAGGAGAGCCAGGGAGGACAAGGAGCAACUGGAGAACAAGGUGGCGCUGCUGCAGGAGAGAUGUGACCGCCUCAGCCGCAGAGUCAGCGAGCUGGAACGAGGCCAAGGGGCGAGCACGUCCACCAGACAAGAGCAGGACACAAAGAAGGCAGAGAAGGUGACGACGCCCUGCAGUGACAAAGGAGACACAUCACUGCAUGCAGAUGACCUGGAGGAGCCACCGCUCUCCCCUAUACCUGACAGCCACAGCAGCAUGGACGAGUUCCGGCGGUACAUCUCCUCACACGGCACCUCCAUCCAGAAGACCAAACUCUUCCUGGAGAGGGAGAGCAGCCGGCUGAUGGAGAGGCAGGCGGCACUGCAGGCAGCCCAGGCCCCCAGUCAGGGAGGAGCGACCGAGGAGAUGAUAAGAAGCCUUCAGCAGGAGGCCAGCAGUGUGGCGGAGCUGCAGCAGACCGUUCAGAGAGGAAACAGUCUCCUGCAGAGGAAAGAGGAGCACCUUCAGCAGCUGGAGAGCUCUAUAGCCAAAGAGCUGCUGUUUGAGGAUUUGUCUCGGCUCGCCGGAGAAAGGAGGGUGACCUUUGAUGUGACUGAGUCAGACCUCAGCAGCACUGUGGAGCCGCCGGAUGGGACAGGUCAUCCCAUCGUUCCAGGCAAAGUCCAGGAAUUAGCAGAGUCCCUGCAGCAGAUCUCAGGCCAGCUCAACACUGUCCUGAGCACCUUGGGUUCACUGACCCAGAGGCAGAGUGCCACGCCUUACGCAGCUUUCCCUCCACCUCUGUCUCAUCCUCACUCCACCCUAGCUCCCACCUCCUCCACCCCUGCCCCUGUCGUUCCUCAGACUCUCAACCUGGGAACCAGCUCCUUAGCCCCACCUCCUCCGGCGAGGCUGUCAGAGCCGCCGUGGAGCUGGGCAACUCAGAGCAGCUCUGCAGCCUCCCCAUUCUUCAGCACCCCCAUCGGCAGUGAGCUAAGGGCAUCUGAGGACCUCCUCAACAGCCGCUGGAGCCAGAUAUUCCCCGGAGCAGCUGUUGACCCACUUGUUUCCAGCACCACAAGAACCACCUCAGCUUACUCAUCAUAUUCUCCUUUGAGUGAACACAGCCGGGGCCUUCACUCCACGGCGAGAUCGGCCGAAAUGGACGGCCAAAGGCUGCAGGGGCUGAUAGACGGCAACAAGAAGUGGCUGGAGAUGCGCAAGAAAGACGCCAGCAUACCUCUGUUCACUCGCUAUCGGGCUCCCUCCUCAAAGAGCGGACUGGUCCAGCUGGGUCUGGAUGAUAACAAUCAGAUCAGAGUCUAUCAUUACUGAGGACGUGACGCACAGUCUCCCUCUGCCGUGACUGUUACUGAGGACUUUGGAGUAUUAAUGACUGUGAUAUUGUGAUGUUUACAUUCCAUUUUUUUUAUUGUGUUGGUGCAAAGGUUUUCAGGGAUAGUUCAGCCUCUUCUACUGUGAUUGGAGGGAGGGAGUUACGGCAGAAGAUGCAGCUGUUCAUUCACUGUGUUUUAAAGGGUUAGUUUACUUUGACAGGUUGGAGUUGUGUGCAGGACAAUCACGGAGAAGUAUCCUGCUUCUCUUUUGCUAAUAACUUUCCCUCCAGAACAUGGCCUGAUAGAGUUUAACUGCUUUUGUGAUGCACUUUUUUUUUAACGUCUAAUAUUAUCGUCCUUUUUACAUAAUUUCCUUAUUGUUUUUGUAAAGAUCGUGAAGCCAAUCAACUUUUUAAAAUGUCUCCCUGUGUUUGCAUAUCAGUAAUAGCUGUUGACUAGUUGUGCCUAUUAUAUAUUUGUGUAAAUUAUAUUGUAUUUUUCUAUGAAAUAUUUUAA